AUGGCGGACGUCGACCCCGGCUCCGAGCCGAAUCCCCACGCCUCCGAGUCCCCCGAUGAGAAGGCCCCCAUCGAGAGCACCGAAGCUCACUCACCCUCAGUGGUGACGGAUGACAAGCCAGCUCUUCCGGAAGGAACCGCAUUGGAAGCGGCCCAGGAGGAACAAGCCGAGGAGGGCACCGAAGCCCCCGAAGAACAAUCAGAGGAACAAAACAAACAACCGGAACCAGAUGCUCCAGGCACCAGUGUUGCGGAGCAGGAGUCUAGAGAUGAGGCGGAAGGUCCGACAGACGCAGAGGAGAAGCCUGAAGUGCCUCCCAAAGACACUGAAAACGCCCCUGAACAAAAGACCGAGCCAAUGCCUGAAAUCCAAGAGCCAGAGCCCGAGGACAAUGCGCCGCCGCCAGAAUCCCGCAUGCGGUCCGACUCUCGCUCGACGACCGCCACAUUUGCGACAUUGCGAGGUGGUGCGGUCAGCUCCACUGUAUUCAUUGUGAAUGCGCUUGAUGGUAUUGCCGCGUCGCGGGAGGCCCGGAAGAGCAAGGAGCUGGAUGACGCCGUGCAGGUGGCCCUGGCCAACGUCAAGCAAGAAGGCCAGCAAGCCAUUGACCCCGAGCUCAUUUUCCGCCCGUUGCACAUGGCCAGCAAAACGCUCAGUGUUCCGCUACAAGUGACCGCGCUUGAUUGCAUCGGCAAGCUCAUUACCUACUCCUAUUUCGCCUUCCCCUCCGCCGAGUCCGAAAACGAGUCUACCCCCGAACAACCGCCCCUGAUCGAGCGUGCAAUUGAUGCGAUCUGUGAUUGCUUUGAGAACGAGGCCACUCCUAAUGAGAUCCAACAGCAGAUCAUCAAGUCGUUGCUGGCGGCAGUGUUGAACGACAAGAUUGUGGUUCACGGAGCUGGUCUCCUGAAAGCCGUUCGCCAGAUCUACAACAUCUUUAUAUACUCCAAAUCUACACAAAACCAGCAGAUUGCUCAGGGCUCGCUGACCCAAAUGGUCAGUACGGUCUUUGAUCGAGUUCGCAUUCGAUUGGACCUGAAGGAAUUGCGGACGCGCGAGGUUGAGAAAACUGCUUCCACUAGCCUGGAUGCACCAGCCAGCGAUCAGGGCCAGAUCUCGGAGACCGCGUCUGUAUCUGUCGCAGAUCAAUCUGUGACGGAUCAACCGGUCACCAAGGAGCCGACCAGUGAGAAGCUGACCCUCCAAAGCUUUGAGUCGCCCAAGGAAGUCGCCGGAGUCAAUGACAACGCGCCUACGAUGGUCACCCGUGCCAAGCGGUCAAACACUCGUUCAUUGUCAGGCAUUCCCGAAGAGAAGGACGACGACGGUUCGGCCGAGGAUGAAGUGGACGAGAUCUACGUCAAGGACGCCUUCCUGGUCUUCCGAGCUCUGUGCAAGCUGAGCCACAAGGUUCUGGGCCACGAUCAGCAGCAAGACCUUAAGUCACAAAACAUGCGAUCAAAGCUACUCUCACUGCACCUCAUCCACUACCUCAUCAACAACCAUACCAACACUUUCACCUCUCCUCUCGCAGCGAUCAAGAACAGCUCGGGCAGCUCAGAAGCCAUGACUCUUCUUCAGGCCGUGCGCCCCCAUCUUUGUCUGAGUCUCAGCCGCAAUGGUGCCAGCGCCGUGCCGCAUGUGUUCAAGGUCUGCUGUGAGAUUUUCUGGUUGAUGAUCAAGCAUAUGCGAGUGAUGAUGAAGAAGGAACUGGAGGUCUUCUUGAAGGAAAUUUACCUCGCGAUCCUCGAAAGGCGAGCUGCCCCGUCAUUCCAGAAGCAGUACUUCAUGGAACUUCUGGAGAGACUGGGUGGUGAUCCCCGUGCUCUGGUCGAGAUCUAUCUCAACUACGAUUGUGACCGCACAGCUCUGGAGAACAUUUUCCAGAAUGUUGUUGAGCAGCUGUCGCGAUACUGCAGUGUGCCGGUCGCUACAUCGGCUGCUCAGCAGCAGGCGUUCCAAGAGCAUCACGUCAAGAUGUCCAGCGUUGGAGCGGAUUGGCAUCAACGGGGCACUCUCCCUCCGUCAUUGACAUCAGCCAACAUCACACCAAGCCCUCAACCCCCUAUGCCGACUAUCCCGGCUGAUUAUACCCUGAAGCACCAAGCUCUGGAGAGCCUGGUAGAGAUGCUGCGUUCGUUGGACAACUGGGCUUCUCAGCGUCCGGACGACCUGACACCCCAAACUACUGUGCCGUCGAAGUCGAUGGACAAUUCGCGGGAGUCUUUGGAUACCAAUGUCCUCUUUUCCCCACGGCCCGAGACUGUUGACCCGGGAACUGGUCGGUCUACACCUUUGCCUGAGGAUGACCCAAAUCAAAUCGAAAAGGUCAAGCAGCGAAAGAUUGCCAUGAUGAACGCCAUCCAGCAGUUCAACUUCAAGCCUAAGCGUGGCAUCAAGCUCCUGCUCUCGGAAGGCUUCAUCCGCUCCGAUUCCCCUGACGACAUUGCUGGCUUCUUGCUGCGCAAUGAUCGCCUUGACAAGGCUAUGCUGGGAGAGUAUCUGGGUGAAGGUGAUGCCGAGAAUAUCGCUAUCAUGCAUGCCUUUGUCGACCUAAUGGAUUUCACUAAGCGACGCUUCGUGGAUGCUCUUCGUGGCUUCCUGCAGCACUUCCGAUUGCCUGGCGAGGCCCAGAAAAUUGAUCGUUUCAUGCUCAAGUUCGCCGAGCGGUAUACGACGCAGAACCCCAACGCAUUCGCCAACGCAGACACCGCUUACGUGCUGUCGUACUCCGUGAUCAUGCUCAACACCGAUCAGCACAGCUCCAAGAUGAAAGGCCCCCGUAUGACCAAGGAGGACUUUAUCAAGAAUAACCGCGGCAUUAAUGACAAUCAGGAUCUGCCUUCCGAGUACCUCGUCUCCAUCUACGAGGAAAUUGCGAACAAUGAGAUUGUUCUUGACACAGAGCGGCAACAUGCUGCCAAUGUUGGUAUUCAGACAUCCUCCACUCCAGCUGGUUUGGCGACUCGAGCAGGCCAAGUGUUUGCCACCGUAGGCCGUGACCUUCAGGGAGAGAAGUACGCCCAGGCUUCUGAGGAAAUGGCCAACAAAACCGAGCAAUUGUACCGCUCCCUCAUUCGGGCUCAGCGCAAGACCGCCGUCCGGGACGCGCUGUCGCGAUUUAUUCCUGCCACUUCGGAGCGCCACGUUGGUUCGAUGUUCAAUGUCACAUGGAUGUCCUUCUUGUCUGGCCUUUCGGCCCCAAUGCAAGAAAACCAGAACAUCGAAGUCAUUCGCCUUUGUAUGGAGGGCCUGAAGCUUUCUAUUCGGAUCAGCUGUGCUUUUGACCUGGAGACUCCCCGAGUGGCAUUCGUCACUGCUCUGGCCAAGUUCACCAACCUCGGUAACGUUCGAGAGAUGGUUGGCAAGAACUUCGAGGCUUUGAAGGUGCUACUUGACGUUGCUCUGACGGAAGGUAACCACCUGCGUGGCUCUUGGCGCGAAAUUCUGACCUGCGUCAGUCAACUGGAUCGUUUGCAGUUGCUGAGUGAUGGUGUUGAUGAAGGUUCUCUGCCCGAUGUAUCGCGUGCACCUACCGGCGAUGCCGCUUCGCGCAAGUCCAUGCAGAGCACCCGUCGGCCUCGCCCACGCUCGGUGAAUGGGCCCACAGGGUUCCGCAUGGAUAUUGCCAUGGAGAGUCGAUCAGCGGACAUGGUCCGUGGGGUGGAUCGCAUCUUCACCAACACGGCGAAUCUCUCGCAUGAAGCCAUCAUCGACUUCGUGCGCGCUCUGAGCGAAGUCAGCUGGCAGGAGAUCCAGUCUUCGGGACACAGCGACUCUCCGCGCACAUACAGCCUGCAGAAAUUGGUGGAGAUCAGUUACUACAACAUGACCCGUGUCAGGAUCGAGUGGUCCAAGAUCUGGGAGGUUCUGGGCCAGCAUUUCAACCAGGUUGGCUGCCACACCAACACUACAGUUGUCUUCUUUGCUCUGGACUCACUGCGCCAAUUGUCGAUGCGCUUCAUGGAGAUUGGUGAAUUGCCCGGUUUCAAGUUCCAGAAGGACUUCCUCAAGCCGUUUGAGCAUGUUAUGGCCAACAGCACUGCCGCCGCUGUCAAGGAUAUGAUCCUGCGAUGUCUGAUCCAGAUGAUCCAAGCCCGUGGUGACAAUAUCCGUUCGGGAUGGAAGACCAUGUUUGGAGUCUUUACAGUAGCAGCCCGGGAACCAUAUGAGGGCAUCGUCAACAUGGCGUUCGACCAUGUCACCCAAAUCUACAACACUCGUUUUGGUGUCGUGAUCACUCAGGGCGCCUUCCCAGACCUGAUUGUCUGUUUGACCGAAUUCUCCAAGAACUCCAAGUUCCAAAAGAAGUCGCUCCAGGCCAUUGAGACACUCAAGUCUACGGUCACCAAGAUGCUGCGCACUCCCGAAUGCCCGCUCUCGCACCGUGGCGCCGACACCCGCCACUUCCAGGAGGAGGGAACCAACCUUGCGAAGCAGCUCACUCGCCAGUCGAAGGAAGAGCAAUUCUGGUAUCCGAUUUUGAUCGCGUUCCAGGAUGUGUUGAUGACUGGUGAUGAUCUCGAAGUUCGCUCGCGAGCUCUCACUUACCUGUUCGAGACCUUAAUCCGGCACGGUGGAGAUUUCCCUCGGGACUUCUGGGAUGUCCUCUGGCGACAAUUGCUGUGCCCGAUCUUCGUGGUCCUGCAGUCCAAGUCAGAAAUGUCCAAGGUGCCUAACCACGAGGACCUCUCCGUGUGGCUGUCAACCACCAUGAUUCAGGCACUGCGGAACAUGAUCACCCUCUUCACUCACUACUUCGACUCAUUGGAGUACAUGCUGAGCCGAUUCUUGGAGUUGUUGACACUGUGCAUCUGCCAAGAAAACGAUACCAUCGCCCGAAUUGGUAGCAACUGUCUGCAGCAGUUGAUUCUGCAGAAUGUGGCCAAGUUCCGUGAGGAGCACUGGUCCCAGAUUGUUGGUGCAUUUGUCGAGCUCUUCAGCAAGACAACCGCAUAUGAAUUGUUCACUGCGGCUGCAUCCAUGUCCAAGAUCACCGAAACUGCCUCCAAUGGAGAUAUCACUCAGGCUGCAGAUGCAUCCGCACCCUCCGAGGAGCUGCCCGAGCCUCUGCAUCCCAAUGGAAACCAGAGCACUGCAUCUCUCCAAGAAACGGGAGAUCCGCCCGUGCAGAGUCAGGCUCGCGCUGAACUCGAGGACUAUCGCCCGCCCUCCGACUCGCAGCAGCAACCUGCUGCUGUGACGGUUGCCCGCCGGCGCUUCUUCAACCGCAUAAUCACCAACUGUGUCCUGCAACUGCUGAUGAUCGAAACGGUCCACGAGCUCUUCUCCAACGAUACCGUCUACGCGCAGAUUCCAAGCCCUGAACUGCUGCGACUGAUGGGCCUUCUGAAGAAGAGUUAUCAGUUCGCGAAGAAGUUCAACGAGGAUAAGGACCUUCGCAUGCAGCUCUGGCGACAAGGCUUCAUGAAGCAGCCGCCGAACCUGCUGAAGCAAGAGAGCGGCAGUGCCGCCACCUACGUACAUAUCCUCUUCCGGAUGUAUCAUGAUGAGCGCGACGAGCGCCGGAGCAGUCGUACUGAGACCGAGGCCGCGCUUAUUCCUCUCUGUGCCGACAUUAUCCGCAGCUUUGUACGUCUCGACGAAGAGACGCAAAACCGCAACAUUGUGGCCUGGCGACCAGUGGUGGUCGAUGUGAUCGACGGGUACAACAGUUUCCCGCAGGAGGACUUUGACAAGCACAUUGAAACCUUCUACCCAUUGGCCGUGGAACUGCUGAGCCGCGAUCUGAGCCCGGAGAUCCGCGUGUCACUGCAAGGCCUGCUGCGGCGUAUCGGCGAGGUCCGACUCGGAGUCGCGCCGCCGAACCCGCUGGACGCGCCGAUCAGUCCGCGGAGCUCCGUGUCGCAAAAGGUGCGUCGGGAUAGUCAGUGA